GAGAGAGGUAGAUUACAAUUAUAUUCAAUGUCUUUGGGAAAAGGGCUUUGCAUAAAUACACACACAGUGUAAUAAAGGAACUGUGUAAUAUUAACUGCUGUGCUUUGUUGGAUGCAGCUUCACUUCACUGAGCAGCCUUCACAAGACAAAAUAUCAAACAGCACGAUGGCGUCCAACUGCACUGAUGUCAUCCCUCAGCUCUGGAAGUACUACCUCUCUCCAAUGUACGCGUUGGAGUUUGCCAUCGGCUCUGUCAGCAACCUGCUGGUGAUCUUGGGCUACAUCUUCUGCCUCCCUUCAUGGAAGUCCACCAACGUGUACCUGUUUAACCUGGCUCUGUCGGACCUCAUCUUCCUGUGCACCUUACCCCACCUGUCCUACACCUACGCCCACGGCCUGAGCAAGAUCAUUCCCGCCCUCUGUGUGGCUAACCGCUACAUCCUCCACGUCAACCUGUACUCCAGCAUCCUCUUCAUGGUGUGGGUGAGCGUGGAUCGCCUUUUGGUCAUACGGCACCCGCUGCGCAACCAUUUCUUGCUGACCUGCAAGGGCUCCCUCUUGGUCAGCCUCCUUACCUGGGUCUGGGUCAACAUUCAGGUAAUACCACUCAUAGCCUUCGUCAUACAGGACUUGGAGCUCAGUGAAUGGACCAAGUGUAAUGACUUUGGAAGCCUCUCUGAGACCAAAGGCACUCUGAUCUACAGCCUGGUGCUCACCGUCACUGGAUACGUGAUACCUCUUCUGGCCUUGUUCCUGUCUUCUUUGAAGAUGGUUUCUCUGCUCCUGACGCAGGAGCAGGUGUUAGGUACCUCCUUUCAGAGGCCCCUGAAGAUCGUGAGGGCUGCCGCUAUCAUGUUUCUGGUGCUCUACACGCCCCUCCACGUGAUGAGGAAUGUGCGAAUAGCGUCGCAGCUCUCAGAAGCAACGCUUUCUCUGUGCUCCAAAGUCUACAUUGAAGUGGUGUACAUAGUGACACGGCCAGUGGCCUUCGCCCACAGCGCGGUAAACCCCAUCUUCUACUUCCUCAUGACGGACAGGUUUAAAGAGCUCCUACAGGACAAGCUCAGGCAGAUUAGAAGGAUGUUAACCUGAGCAGGAGGAACCUUCACAAUUUCUGCAUAUUUCAAUGUUUGAGAUGUAAACAGCGGUUUGCUGUGAAAUGCUCUGUUCUAGAAUCAGAACUGUUCACAGUGGUGGUGAUAGGAACCAGUCGUCCAACUCUAAAAGCUCCUUCACAGAAAGUUCCUACAUGAAAUGGAGACAUUUUUUAUGAAGACUUUGGCCUUAAAACCCACUCAUAAUGGAGGUACACAUACAUGCAGGGUGUUAAAAGGCAAAAUUAUCUUAUUAUUUCAGAUUUUCCACUAUUUUCCCAUCAUCAGCGUU